UUCAACUAGAAAGCAUUCUGAGCUCUGGUUUGAAUUACUAUACAUUUACAGUGAGUGUAUUUGGGUCAUGCUUUUGGACCAGUGGGAAACCGACGUCCCCAGGAAUGCCUUACUGGAUAUCCUGGAUCCCCAGGAUAGCCGGGCUGAUUCAGCAGGAGUAGUUCAAGAGCACGGGCUUAUGUCUGGCUCUCCGUGGCAACUUGUUCCCAGUGCCACAAGACACUCCAGGUCCUGUGGUAGAAACUGAUUAGUUUCUACGAAGACCGAAAUUUUCAAGGCCGCCGCUAUGACUGCGACUGCGACUGCGCAGACUUCCGCUCGUACCUAAGUCGCUGCAACUCCAUUAGAGUAGAGGGAGGCACCUGGGCUGUGUAUGAAAGGCCCAACUUCUCCGGGCACAUGUACAUCUUACCCCAGGGCGAGUACCCUGAAUACCAGCGUUGGAUGGGCCUUAAUGACCGCCUGGGCUCUUGCCGAGCUGUUCAUCUGUCUAGCGGAGGCCAGGCUAAGAUUCAGGUCUUUGAAAAGGGCGACUUCAACGGUCAGAUGUACGAAACCACGGAAGACUGUCCUUCUAUCAUGGAGCAGUUUCACCUGCGAGAGAUUCAUUCCUGUAAGGUGGUAGAAGGCACCUGGAUUUUCUAUGAGCUACCCAACUACCGUGGCAGACAGUAUCUUCUGGAUAAGAAGGAGUACCGGAAGCCCGUCGAUUGGGGUGCGGCAUCCCCCGCUAUCCAGUCGUUCCGCCGCAUUGUGGAGUGAUGGCCUGGAGUGGGACCAUAGAGUUCUCCCUGAGGGCUGAACUUGAGGGCUGAACUCUGCUGUCUGGCUUGUGGUCCAAAUAGACAACGUAAAUAAAAGCAUUGGAAUGCA